AUGGCUACAGGAGCUCCAGGUAACAACUUCAGAGGGUGGACCCCCACACCUCCAGAAAGAGGCUCUUUUCCCUUGGACCACGAUGGUGAUUGCACCGAAUACAUGAACAAGUACCUUAAGUGUAUGAAGUUCACCGAAAACAAGAACGCGCCCAACUGCCGUGUUUUGGCCAAGGAUUACUUGAACUGCCGUAUGGAGAACCAACUCAUGGAGAAGUCAGACUGGGACUCCUUGGGACUUGUGAACUUGCCUGGUGACAAGUCCACCACCCAUCAAGAAAUGUUGAACAAAAAGAAGACCGCUUCGGGCGCCGACAAAGCGCCUCCGACCUGA